AUGUCGAAACGCCCAGGAAAAUCACUCGCCUCAGAAAUCAACGAGGAAGACAAGCGGAUGGCAAUCUUUUUCCAACUCCGCGGCAUCACGGAUCAAGCAAACCGUGCUCUCCAUUGCCCAGUUCGCGAUCCAGUCCCAUGCAAAUUCUGUAAGCGAUUCGGCCACGAAAUGCAUCAAUGCGGAAGAGUUGAACAAGCCGAAAAACUGCUACAUGCUGCUUCCAGAAUUAUCUGCGUCAUUUGCACUCACCACGCAGCCAACUUAUCAAUGCAAAGAGCUGCUCAACGCAGCAAAACACCACCAACAACAGGAGAAAAUCCAAGCCAGCAAGCCACCGCCUAA